GCUUUAGCCCUGGAACACGACAUUUUUGUUAUGCUAUUUGGUUAUUGUAAUGUUAAAUAUUAAACAGUUUAAACAAGUGCAGAUUACACCAUCUAGCAAAGGAGAUUUGAUAAAAAGCGGUCCGUUUUCAAUUGUAACCCCUAACCAAUAUGUAUCCACACGUGUGUUCCGUCCAUUCUGGGGAUCCCUUUUACGAAGGGGAAACUAAAUAUCUUUAGUAUAGAGUACCAUUAAAAUAACCUCAUACCGGUCAUUGACCGCUUUUCACCUAUUUUCAACCGCGCAUGACUACCUGACGUAGCUCGUAGUCGUGACGUAGAAGUAAUCUCACUCCACCCUAGAAAUAAUGUCUUAUCUUUGUUAUCUCUCAAAAAUCCGUGGCACACGUGAGAAAUACCUCUUUUUGGAGUAUCUCCAUGGAAGAAAUUUCGAAGCAGAAAAUGAAAGAAAGCCCAACAAAAAUUGCUUUCUCUGGGUUUAAAUUUAUGACGGCCACUGUACGCUGUUAACAAAAUCAGUAGCCAGCUGACUGACAAUCGGCUUUGGUUUAAUUAAUUCCACCUUCCCGGUCACAGUAAAUAAAUUGCGCUAAAUAGCCAUCAACCAUGUAUAGCGAGGCGUCACAGUAGGGCAGGGUUGGCUGAUGCGCCAAAUCUGUGGCUCGGGCAAUGAGCUAAAAUAUUUAUUCAAACGUUCCCGUUUCCCUUCCGCCGGUGGUAAUGCAGUGAAAUGUUUACACAGUGGGUAAACUACAAAGUUCCCAUUCCAACCAGACAGAAAAAAGCCAACCUAACAUGGUGACCCAAUGUUUGUUAAAGUGUCGAAAAUCUCCGGACAGUGACGCAAAGUAUCCACCGGAUGGUGGGACGCUUGUGGUGGCAUUACGAACGGAUAUGGUUUUGUCAAAUCCGGAGUCAUCUCGUCACACGCGACCGUGUGUCAUGCGUGUGUUCCAGCUAAACUCUACGCCGUCACCGAUUGCUCCUCAAUAGGGUGCAAACUUCAUUUGCAAAGCGAUUGUUUGUGACACGGUACUCCGGCAAUAACAACGGAAAGAUGACUCACUUGACACUGACAUUAGGCGUCCACCUGAGUGGAAUGCGUUGGAUUGCUUCAACUUCCGCCCUCCGGCCAUCUUGUUCCGCUUCAAACCGGUUUGACGUUAGCAUGGUUGGUUAGUAGGUCUGCUGCAAGCGUUGGACGUUGUACCGACAACAGAUGAUAUCAACUCAGUAUAAUUGGUUUCUCCAUAAUCACCAGCACUAGACUCAACUCGCCUGCCUAGAUGGGUUGAGAGGGUUGCCUUCUAAUGAGUGAUCUUUUUAAUGAUACGAACAAUAAAUGUUUUAAUUGCAGCUGUACAGAUUUGCAUUGAGUUCUAUUGCCUGAGCACUAGUAAAUUCAAGCGUUAUGAAGAAACAUUUCUAUAAUUUAUAGAUCUUUUUAUUGCGUCUCUGAUGAUGUUAUACAGUUUGACAUCCAAACCCACAGGAACUUGUUAAAUUUGUCACCUUUUCAACCACAUAUAACCUCUAAUAUUCGUGGCUUUCGAUAACCCUCUUUAUGAUCCCACCACAUUGCUGAUGAGGAAAGUUCCAAAACAAACGCACGCUCGUUUUGGAAAAAGGGAAGUCUAGCCUCCCUUCUCUAACGCAAGCCGAUCAACUCUACCGGCGAAAACACCUGGAAAGGUACUGAACGAUAUCACCCCUUACGUAUAUUUGUGGUUUUAAGGAUAACCCGACAUCUGAUAGCUCCGUCACGAAAACUUCGGAUACAGGGCGAGAGAAAAUAGAAACACACGCACACACACACCCACAUACUCGGGUGUCUUUUAUCAUCAGCUUCUUCACCACCGUCAUCAUCGUCAGACAGCCUGCAUCAUCGUUGGAGUGUUUAUUUUAUGCACCCUCCACAUGAUGGGGACCGUGUACUAAGGCGGUUGUUUGGGUGGGUUGAACGAGAUGGUUGGUUGUUUUAUUUAAUUUUUGGUCGGCUUUUGAUUCGUCGCGAGAAAGUGUUAAUUUCUUUACUUCAGUACCCCCAACGGGAAGCCUUUCUGGGAAUUGUUGCUGGUGGGUUUCAUUGUUUAAUGAUAACGUGUGCUCCGGUGAAAGAGGUUGUUGGUCUCCAGCAUCUUUUCAGUGCACAAUUAAACAGCACAAAUGAGGAUAAUUUCUUCCACAUGGCAAGACUUAUCAUUUGAUCAGGGCGAAACAAAAUCGACAGUGAUUGUGUGAAAUCUAAGCAAAUUCGCAUCACAACCGCUCAAUAGAUGCCACCGUAUUACCCUCCCGUCGUACAAGUCUUUUCGUGUUUAAAAUUAAAGCUUCAUACGACUAUUUGUAUUCUGCACUGAAUGGAACAAAACAGAAGACAACACACAUUCCCAAGCUGUUGCCUGGGUAAGUUAAUUAACUUUUCCCUGCACGACCGUCAUUUCACGAGACGGAAACCGACGUAGCCGAAAAUGAAGAGUGUGGCGUCUCCGGCACUCAAUCAAACAUCUUCCGGUUAUGGAAUCCCUUACACUUCACAGUAUCACAUCGACAUUCACCCGCACCUUUUGGAGCACUAGCCUAGGAUGUUGUACGUUGAUACGAACGUUGUCGGUGUCGAUUUGUGUGUCGCUGGAGCAGAAAUUGUCAGCGCCAUUUAAAUGAUAAUCACGCGCCAUGUCACGCACGUUCUGGUGAACGUCUGCAUUCCUUUCCCCGGGUUUCUGUGAUGUGUUCGUGAGGCAACCAAUCGGAUCGACUAUGGAACAGAAGUGAGAUUAGCAUACAAACCGGUGGCGAGCAAAUCAAGCAGCUAGAAUUAGACGGUCUAGCAGGAUGCAGGAUGGGCGAGCGGACGCGAGUGGAGGCAAACAGCAACGCUUCCAACUGACAGAGCUAAUCGCAGGGACAUCGAGCUUCAUUGCUCCGCCACGAUGGUGGUGUUCGGAAAUUAGUCGUCGAAACUGUCGUCGAUACACACGGAAAUCUUCCAAUCGACCAGAAACAAGUAGAUUCGGGAGGCAGGUGAAGUGCAAUUGAUGUUCGGGUACUCGGGCCUUGGGUUCCUCAACCAGUGGACUUUUAAGAAGCCGGAUAAUAUGAGAUGUCAGUUUCCAUUUUUUUUUGGUUUGAAAGGCAGGAUGAAACUUGUCGGAAGACAUUCAACACGAUGAUCAGGCGAAAGUAAUGGCACGAGCUGAAUAGGGGAAAAAGUGCGAUAAAAGAAAAAAAACGUAGCAAGUGAGAAGGAGAUUAAUCGAGAGCAAAUGAUACCAGCCUGGGCCGGGCGGCAACACGAGAUGCGCCACAGUGACAAAACUGUCGGUGAAAUGUUCAAAAUUAUACCAUGACUCAGUGGAACCGGUUUCGGAAACGAUGCGGCACUAACUUCCGUUGAAGAUUUCCUUCCUUUUUGUCUGUACCCAUGGUGUCUUAACGACAUGGAAAUGGGAUUGCGUUUGUGCUACUAUUUCCUUGAUCGCGAUUUAAUCAGAAAGAAUUGGUCACUAAUUUCAAUAUCUAUUCAAACAUGGUAGUUAAAAUGGCAUGAAAAUGGCGGCUUAUAAUUUGAUCUACAUUGUUGGUUAGUUCUUUUUGCAGAUAUCUGAUGGCCAUGUCGUAGACUGAUUUACAGGAAAAAGUAAUAUCAAAAGUAACAGAUACCGCAACGGUCACGGUUAGACGUUAAUUUCACGCGUGCGUCGCUACAUAAACAUACCAAACAUACACACUUACAUACGUAUCAGCAUAUUCCCAAAGAACACCCCCAUAAUGCCCCCCCUCCCCAGGCAUAUGUUGAUGAAGCGGUAACUCCUCUACCACCUUUCCACUUCAUGGUGGAGUCCAUCUUUUUUCGGUUUGAAUUGUAACGUAUUGUUAGCUAUUUUUCGUCCACUCAGCAAAGAAGAUGGUGAAGUGGCACGGUGCAUAGUAAACAAAAUUAUAAAAAAAUAUUGUCAACGAUCGAAUGACAAUGUUCCGAACGGUGGGACGAACGAUAAUGAAAAAAACAAAACCCACAACCAAACAAUGCUGCGUUAAACGUCCCGAGCGUGUGAGCAGCACGAUGAUGAUGUACGCGAUGAUGGUGAUGAGCUUGAUGAUCGUGAUGAACGCGAUUUAAAAUCACCAAACCGGCUAACGACAAAAUGCGGCUUUACUGAGCACAAACGAGAGUUAACCAUUUUUUCGCCUGUUUUGAUGCAAUCCGCAUAACACUAUACAACAGGGAUGAGUCAGAAUUAGUUAGCUUUAUGCUUAUUUAAUGUAUGCAAUCAUAACGAAUCGUUCUUAUUGGCCAUUUUGAUUAGCACCUAGUUUGAAGCCGCGGUCUUUCGAUGUACCUGUUGAUAUAACCUCUUAAUUGACGGUAAUUGUUGGCGGAUGCAUGCAUCAGUAAAUCCACAAAGACCUGUUCUAUUGCAAAGUAAAACAAUUAUCUAUUUGAGUUUACUGUAUGACUUAAAGUAUUGUGCCAAUCUACAAAGUAGCGCACUUUGUUUUAUUGACGAUCUAUAAGGCCAGGUUCGUCGUUUGGGAAUUCGCCAUCAGAUCGAGAUGCCCAUCAGGGGUAACCAACGAUAUGUUGUGGAUGAAUGGUAGUGCCAGUGGGGAUGAGGUGCACUAAAGGACAGGGAAGCGGAAUCUUUAUUUUGCUAUUGAUGUUGGAAACUUAAUGUGAGCUAAUAAAUUUAAGUGGAUACCCAUUCGGCAAGAUGAGCUAUGAUAGGUCCCACGCGUUACGUUCGUGGCAGUGUACGGUACAAGCAGUUGUUCGCCUCUGAACGUAAUGUGAUUGUGGGGAUACCCCACCGAGGUGCCACAAUCCACCGGACCGCAUCGGCGUUGUUCGCUAAAUAAACGAAACGAAUAUACGCCGUCUGAUCCCUCGUAUGACAACAAAUUCUAGGCGGAGGGUCUGGUAGACAUGUAAGUUGUCCGUCACGGGACGGGAAAGCAAUGCGAAAGAACUGACCAUACCAAUGAAGGAGAAGCGUAUCGAGAGUAUUAGCAAGAGAAAUAUAUAUUUUUGGUUCAUUUGGGCGGGGAAGCAGGGAGUAUCAUCGGCACAGAUUCCCUGUUGGUUACCUUUUCUUAGGUUGUCCCUACUCAGCUGGUGGCAUAACGGUGGAGAGAGAAUUGGAUUUAUUUUUACCAAUGCUCCAUAAAAAAAACUUCUUCCAAUGUGCGAGCAUAUUACGCUGCCCAUCCGUUCCAUCUGAACCGCGGAUCACAUCAUCAACGUCACUUUUCAUUCGUGAUUGAUAUCGUCACGAUGAUGAGCAUAAUGUUGGCCACAGCGAAAUAAUCAUAGCAAAGAUUCAUCACAGUGAAGAUGAUAUUUCAAAUUUUGAACCAAUUUUAAUACGAUGGUAGUCACUUUGAAGUAAUGUUCCACAAUUUAUUUUUAUAAAAGUUCGAACUUUGUUUAAUUCUAUUGUAAGAAUUUAUUUUGGAUCAACCAAGUUCCAACCAUCCCAAAGUAUCUCAGUUCACCCCAGUUACUUAAGUUGCCACCUGUCAAACAAUGUCCAUCAGCUUCAUUGAACAGCGGCUUGGAGCAGUGAAUAACUGUGACUGGAUCUGCUGAGCACAAACAGCGUCCACCACUAUCCCAACGCAAGCAGAUGAUUUCAAUUACUAAGUUCAUAUCGAAAUGUAAACAUUUAUUUAGAAGUCGGCCUCCAACUGGGAUUUCAUUGAGAGGAGAUUUUUCCAACCUGAAAGAAGAGAGUCCGCGAGAGGAGAUGAGAACCAGCAAAUGGAGUGAUCGUUUUUCCGAUGCUCACUGAUCGCUACUUUUCGUGAAGGUACGCGAAUACCUACCGUGACGCAACUCGUUGGAGAAGUUGAGCAAAGCUCUCCAUAUUGCUCCCGUCCGUAUGAGACGAAAGAUUGGUCCUUCUCGUUCACCGAGUUUUCCAUCUGCACCAAUGUUUACUGGCGCCAUCUCCCUCGCACGGACAACGUGUGCAGCGACUGCACGCAUGAUCGGCGGUCAAAGGAUGUCGCGCAGCAGUGACGACGUCACAAAUGACCAUCAUAUGAUCAUAAAGGCAACCGCCGUUCGUCUACCUCGUGGCCUGGGUGGAAAAGUUCGAUUGGAGCCAACCAGAAAAAGAGAGCUAGAAAUACUGGCCCGUGAAAGGCUGGGGGAAAUUUUUCUACUCGAAAAUCGAAACGUGCAAGUGUGCGUGGCUUAAUCUCGCGUAGAACAGAGCGAGAAAAGCCGUUCUUUGCCCAUCAACACUUCGAUCGACCACCCCAACCAUCAAAUGCUAACCAUCGACCAUCGGAAAAACUGACCACCGCUACGGUGUUUGUACCUCUGCACGCUUCUGUUAGGAUUUCUCGCUCCGGAUUGACGUCUGCUAAGCGCAUUCUGGUAGACCGCUACCCAAGCGCUGACCCGAGCCGAAUGUGUCCGUGCGACGAGCGAGAUGGAGCGAGAUAUUUUAAAAUUAUAACCAACCGCCGGCGGUACCGGUGACGAUGUCGACGACGGCGGCGUGAUUGAAGCUCUGAGUGUGUGUUCGAACCGCUGCUUUUCCCUUUUGCGUUCUUCCACCCAGUUUGGUUGGUCUUGAUUUUUAGUAUUUUGCCCAUCAUGAGCCGUCCAAACCCGGUGAAGUAUGCACUAUGAGACCUGCCUCGUGCGGGUGAGAAGGCAAUUGGAAGCACAGGAAAAAGCAGGGUCGUCGAUGUGAAGAAGAAAAAAGUCUAACAAACUUGCUACUACCAGCGAGACGAAGUAACGUCGUCGUUCGGUGUGCCCCUCUCUGGUUUCCCUCCCUUCCCCCAUAGGACCGCUGUCGUCAUCGAGACUGUUCGCUUUCUGGGCGAGAACCACGAUCGACUACGAUCGGCGGCAGUUCAGUGCGUAUGGUGUAUCCCGCCGGACGCGGUUCUGCAUUAAGCGUCAGUGCGUCAGGUUUGAGGUUGCGGAAAUCUGACCGGUCGUUUCGGAAGUAUAUCGCGCAUGGUUACGCUGCGGAUACGAAUGUGGUAAAAGAAUAAUCCAGCCUCUCGAUCUUGUUGAACUUGGAGUUGGAGUUUGGUGGUUUCCAUAUCCCGGAGAUACGCAGGCAACCAGCAUGUGUUUGUGUUGUGCCUCCGUGGGGUGACUGUGUUGUCCAGCUGUCAGCUGGUUGACAGCAGUCAUUUGACACCGACUAUGUGUGACGCAUUGGAAAUGACGUUUCAAUUGAUUGAUCGAUUAGUGGUGCCGUUUAGUAGACGAGCAAAAGUGCUAGCAACGUGUUGAAAUGAUGCAACAAAACGAACAUUAGUGGAAUGAAAAUACGUUUCUUUCCGAUUCGUUACGAUCCUAUCCUAUCAGAGUCUAUGUCAUUAGAAAAAAAUGUUUAAAAAAGAGUUCUUAUUCAAAGACUCCAAUGGAGAGAGUCCUUCCAAUUACACGAGGAAGUCUCUAGAGCUGUGACUCCAUUUCGCUUCCUGUGUCCACUUGGAUUAUCAUAAUCCGUUAUGUAACCUGUGUGUAACGGCCGGAAAAAUCGUCAUCGGUUUACGCUGAAGAAAAAUACCUCCUGUGUGUCUGUUCUUCGCGCGAAUAGCGUGGAAGAUCGUGUGCAUUCGUGUGUCUUUUUUUUCAUUUGCUGGUUGCUGUUGUCCGUGUUUGUGAGUGUUUUUGCUGGCUGGGCCAUGUGUAAAACGUGGCGCGGAUGUUUUGUAAUCAGUGCCGCAGUGAAUUGAACCGAUACAGUUUUACGCCUCGUACCAGUUGAAGGUCUGCAAAGUGUGUUGAUUUGAAGAAGUUUCUUGCCAGGAUAACAAGGAUGUCACUUUUUCAAUCGUUCCCAUGUGUAUUGUUGUGAUACGAUCGUUGGAUCGUGUAGGUGCUGGUUUUCGGACUGCGUGGUGGUUUUUGGGUGGGGAGGCUUGCUGGGAGGCCUUUGCAAGGUCGGUGAGGCCAUUCGCACUCGCUACGAUUGAUCCUGUCUACCCUCGACUAGGCACGUCGGCACUUUUAUGUAUGUGUGUGUGUGUGUAUUGUGGUGAUUUUGGUGCGCUUCACUGUAUGGCCGGUGGCCGUUUUGUGGAAUUCUUUAGUGAUAAAAAUCAAAAACCCGUCGCGCUUUUAAAAAUAGUCGUCGAAAAAUACGGCAAGCAAGAAAGGAGAAGCAAAACACACCGAUUCGACGACAGAAGAAAACAAAAAACGGCGAAAUCGCAGUGUUCCGCGAGAUGAGAUGGCCGAAAGAUGCGUGAAGGAUGGGUGGUUGUAAGGCAGACUAUCGGCAAACGGAUGCUUACGAUAGAGUAAAGUGGCUAGCGUAUCGUACAGUGAAGUGGUAAGGGCAACCAAAGAAGGUGGCUUAGAAGCUUCCUUAGAAGUGCGACGACGGCGACGAUGGUUCGAGUACGAGUAGAUAAAAGCGCAAAAGUCGAAUGACAAAAAAAAAGUCUUCAAAAUGCCUUUCAGGCCGGGAAAUGGCUCGCGAGAGAAUUGAAGCACGGAGCAAACUGAAGACGCUGGGGAAGCUAACCAUCACGUACGAUGCGAAAACAGAUUAUGUCCCUUCAUUUUUGAUCUGUCGUAUUCUAGCAAAAAAACAAAAAGACACGCACAUGUACACACUCACACACAGGAGAACAAAGAAGCAGUAAGACAUAAUACACAAAAACACAAAAAAAGCGAUAAAAUCUGCGAAAAAAAGCGUACGGUGAGGAAAAUAAAUGAAUAAAUUUCAAAGUCAUCAAGUGGAUUGCUUUAGAGGUGGUAGCUCGUACAUUUUCACACCACCCUGGUUCGUGUUCAUCUUCGGCGGUGGCACAUAGCACCAUGCACUAGAACACAAGAGGAACGUCAAGUUUUCAACGGGAUAUAGUUGAGUCUCAAGUGUGGGCGUAAAAAUCACAGAAUCGAAUAAAACGAAUCUGAAGGAUGUGCGAUCAAGUGCACCGAACAUGGACGAACACGAAGCAAUCCUUACUCGAAGGAACCAAUUCUAGUUUUUCGUUGCUUUACUCCACUUCUUGGGACAUCAACAAUGCAACAAUGCUACUACAUAGAAGCCACAUGGGGAUUGAGGUUUACAGUAAUAAAAGGGCACGUUCCUUUCUGUAUGGUUGUCGCUUCUUUCCUUUAGUCGCACAAACUGGUAGUAGCGCUCUCGAGCUUGAACCAAUUGUUGGCGAGAAGGAAGAUCCAGUUCUACAGCAAGCCAUCAUUACAUGGUGGUGCUUUGUUGUGUUAUAACCACCCUAAAGUGUCCUUUUAUUUUGGGUCCAUUUAACCACUGCUCUGAAGUGCAGCGAUAAAGCGAUUUGCGGGAGUAAUUUAUGACCGGUAAGCAUAUUGUGGCAAGGUGCUAAAAGAUGCUUUGCAGAAAAAUAUGUUUUGUAUGCUCGUGGUGUAGCCAAAGUUGUUUAAAAAUGAGUUUGCGUCGUAAUUUUUUUUCCGCUCCAAACAAAUGCAUCUUUAACCACAUCAGAACCUGCCUGCUGAUACGCAGUGCGAGAAGAAAAGCAAGGACGCUGUUUUUUUUGCUGCUAGUUGGCACCUUUUAUUAGGUGCAGGUGUGCACGUUCAACGCCAUGCUCGUAUGGGUGUGUGGGAGUGAGAAUGCUUUGCCGAACCCGUGUAUGGGUUUUGGCCAGAAUUGGCCACCUUAGAUAUGGUCAAGACUGCCGGGUACGGCCAAAGAUGCUUUGCCGUUGCUGCUGCUUGCGGUCGUUCGUCUGUUUUGAGAGGGUGAAAAUUAUUGUUCAAGUGUCUUUGGAGUGCCACCGAACCGCUCCCGAAUGUUGUACGGAUUUAGAAAGGCCCACUACCACCUCUCUCAUCCCUAUUUUCAUAUUUUUUGUUGGGAGGGGGGUGAAGGGGAUGAUGGGAAAAAAACGAAACACGGUUCACUUGAGAUGAAGAAACCGAAUACACCGAUCCGAGGACUCGCGUCUCGCAGGACACGUCUUGCCCGUGGUCUGGUAGAACGUUUUGUUGAUUGGACAUUUUUCUUAAUUUCGGUUGUGAAUGUUUGGUGUUCUGUGUGUGUGUGUGUGUAUGCGCACGCGCUUGUGUCUGUGUGCCACCUUCACAUUCUGCUCCAAUGUCAGCGUUACGGGGAUCGUUUUCUGUGUCCUGUCCCUCCAUUAGAGAGUGCUAACGUAAAUCCCACCACUAUACGAUACGAUAAAAACCGAGAGAAACUCCUUCCUUUUCUCACAUCCUCUUCCAUUCUUACCACGAGUGUAUUGACCACUCUUGAGAAGAAUGAUUUAUUUUCGCACGAAACGUAACGCCGUCCGUCGUCUGUGUCCCUGCUUGGGUGACACUCACGAUCACGAUCGAGGUAUUCUUCUGUGGGAAGUUUUUUUUUCCUGUCUUGUUGUUUGCCCCCACCACCGUACCACUUCUGCUUCCGCAGCCCUCUACAAGCAGACCAACAAAAGUCAUCUUCCAAUCUUCUCGCAGAUUGUUGUUUCUUGUCCUUUUUUUUAUUCUCCCAAUCGCAUUUCCACGCGUCAUCGGCGAUUGUUUGACGCUGCGCGAUUGCAACCCCGCUUGAAGUCGGAAAAUUCGACGUAAGCAUAAAAGCAAGAAAAAGAAACUACCGUUUGUUGAUGUGUCGUUCGGCGUUUCGGAAGCUGCUUCUGCCUUUCAUGUGCACUGACCGACCCGAAAUGCGGGAUGUACUGGAUUUUUCUGUUCAGUGAACUUUGCUACUGUGUAGCACGGGCAAAUGUAGGCAAAUAAACAAACAAAUGAUUAUCGACUAUCCGCAUCGAUGCUUCUGGUGGUACACGAACGACUCUGUUAGUACUGUUUGAGUUAAAGCAAGAUUUAGUAGUUUGAGUCUUAUAAUGCGGUGCGGGUAGUAAAAUAAAAAAAGGCAUACACAAUAACCAUUCCGAAACCAUACGCUACAAAAAGCGAACCAACACUCGUAAGCAAGAUCGAUUGUUUGAUCUUGACCACCAGUGGUCUUGACUUUUCCGUCCGUUGCUGGUAAACUCGUUGUCGCUUUCUUUUAAGUAGCAAUAAAUUGUGUGCCAUUAUUGUUGACCGGCUCGCCAUAAAGCAGUAGCGCGUCUUAGAUCCUUGAAGAAAUAUAGUAUAUAUAAUUUUUUUCUCACACCUUUCCGAACGCAUCUAAACCACAUUGGUUGACCGUCAAAAGUGUCCUUUUCCCAUUGCUCCCGGACACACACACACAAACUGCUAGCCGGACAUCUCUUGACUGUAUAGCACUGUGGAAAGCACAUUGUAAAACAUCCCAUUGUGUAUGCUCAUUGGCCCAUCAGCGUUAAUGGAGGAUCGCCAUUCGUUACCAUCGCUCGGUGAAUCUGUGAUGCUCCAUCAUCCUUAGGAAGGGAAAUGCAAACUGGGCGAGGAAGUGAAAACGGCCUAAUGCCAUCGUUUGCCGUUUGCCGAGAUGGGUUUUGAUAUGAUCAUAAAUAAUUCAACAACGGCUGCGUUCAGAUGUCGUCCCGAUUUUAUUACCGUUUGUUGGUAGAAAUGGCAGAAAACCAGCCGGACGCAGAACGUGCGAGAUGUGUGGACGAACGCACGGCCGUAGAUGGACGGAUGGAUGGAUGAGCGAAUAGAUGUUUUAAAGGCGCAUCAUAAACCCGUCCGCGAGGUUGUAGAUAAUGCCGCAGCCAUUUCCAUGUAGUGGAUGACCAGGCGUCUCCAUCGCGAAGCGUUUUUCGGUUUUGCUGUCGUUUGCCAGCUUACCUGAUGAUAAUGCUGGUACGAUCUUGUACGGCACAUGUUGAAUCGAUAAGAAUUGUUUCAUUUGUCUACAUGAUUUACAAAUGUUCCAACCUCCCGCUCUAUCAACCAAUGUAAACAAUUUCAAAGAGCAAUCGUUUGAAACGCUUUCAACACUCGGCGGGAUUUUUGUUGCAAACUCUUUUCUUUUGAUUCAAUAAUGCCCGGAAUGAUAUGAAACGCAGGCAAGGGAAAACGAUGGGCAAUUACAAUCACCGUAAAUGGCUCUAUUUAGGAGAAACUUUUUUUCGCCUAACUUCUUAUUUUUUUUAUCGCACAACAAGUUAUCGCCAUCUUCCGUUUGCUGCUGUCGAUUCGUUUCGUGUUGGGUGUUAUUGUGUGCCGAAUCUUCGCAUUAGUAUCAGGGUUGUUUUGGGUAGGUUUAUUUAUUAGCUAUUUUCGGUUGACCAGCUGCCAGUAUGUGGCAAAGGACGGGAAAACCUGAUCCUGCUCCACCGUGGGAAAAUGCGUCAAAGUUGAAACAAAAUGUGAGUGUGAAACAAAACAACGAAACAAAAUUUCCUGACGCAUCCCGUCCUGUGUUGUGUUGUGGCAAAAAAGAAUGUCUAAAAAAAAGUACGAGAUGUAAUAACAAAAUCGAAAAGUUCACAUUUUGGUCGUUUCAUCCCAAGCGUUAAUACGCUUUCGGCCUUCGGCGUCUUAUUCGUCGAAGGUAUGUUGCGAUAAAGUUUUAUUGGAUUGCCGAUGUUGUUGCUGGUGCUGUGAUGGUUUUUUUGCCUCCUACCAAACUGCAUGUUUUGUUUCGCUUUCACGAUCGCGAACGUAACGGGGGCUUUUCCUUUUCCGCUCAUGGAAACACCGAAUGGGCAAACGGAAGGAAGAAGAAACCGUACUGUGAUUAAUUGGCAUAACACUUCACAACGCGCUCCCAUGAGGGCGCUGCUCACAGUUUGAUGCUAAUCGGUCGGUUUCCCCGAUCUUCGUGUGGUAUUUGACAGGGGUUUGGAAGCAGGAUUAUUGUACGAACAACGCGGCUCUGCAAAUGCUUGCACCAUCGAUAAAAUCACCUUCGUUCGCACUUUUUCGACCUUGCUGCUUGGAAUUGCUGCUGGAUUGGAAUUGACGAACAACGAAAAAAAAACACGCAUAAAUAGGAAAUACAUAUCGCGGUUCUCAUCCCUCACAAUGAUGGUUGUGUUUGAUGGAUCGAAGUUUUAGGGGCCCAUUGUUGGGGGCCACUUCCUAGUCCGCUUUGUACUGUUUCGUUUUUGAUUCUGUUUCCUUUUUAGUUCUUUUGCGAUUUUUCUCUUUUUGUUUGUUUGACUAUGUGUGAGGAAAAUUGGCAUGGAAUUUCGAUGAUCCAUCGAAACGAUGUCCAGUGCGACCCAUUGCUUCGGAAACCCAAGCCAAAGUCCGAACCACAAUCAUCGUAUCAGCGGAAAAUUGGCAAUUUGGGUUUCCCCGGGCGCCUUGUUUUGGGAGUUUCAGGGAUAAAGUGCGAAGGUCACCAUUAAUCAACCAUUUGACGAAUGGUUUAUUUUCGAUCGAACGCUCUUCCACUUUCCUAUGGUUCGGUCUACGAAUUAGCAUUUUCGAUUUUGAUGUAUUAGGUGUGGAAGAAAAUUUUGCGAUGAGGUGUUAUUAUCAUCUUAACAAACUGAGUUUACCAUUGCUGGAAAAUUGUGUAAAAUAGGGGCGUUUUAGAUAGUAAGGAAAUAGAUUAAAAUAACUAAAUAAUAGUGUUUGUUUGUAUAGAAUGAAAUGAUAACAUUCUCCUUAAACGUGUCUUAACUAGUGUUUAUACCUACAAUUGUUCGGAGCGUGAAAGUUUCGUAUAAAAGAGAAAAACGUACAUGAUAACAGCUGACAUUUGCAGACAUCCAGAUCUCCGGUUGCAGAUGUGUAACAACAGCACACUUUCAUAACUGGUUGCUGUCAGCAUCAUGCAAUUUUAGUAGCCAAUUGUGAAGCCAUAAAACAACUACUCCGGAACUUUAAUGACUCUUUUAGCGUCGAAUGCAUCCCACUACAGGCGGCUUUUCUUUUGCUAGUUGUCUGCAAAAUGUGAAUGUUUCUAUGAUUUAAUUUUGUUCCGUUCGGUAUUUGGUGUUGUUUGUUUUUCCCCGGCGGGAACCUUGUAACUGAGGCGAGUGGUGAGCUCUUAUAAGCCUUACUACUUACUUGCUGCUGUCGUAAAAUUGGAUAAGUUUUACGACUGCUUAAUUGGCAAUUACUCUCUUACCCAAAAAGAAGGCUCAGAUCUCUCUCACCUUUCUACCUCUUUUCCUGUCCCUCUCUCGUGUUAUCCUUUUCGUGCGCUUGUUCCAUUGAAUGAUUGAUAUGCCGUGCGAAACGUGACAGCGAGUGCAAAUGGCAACGAUAACCCACCGGAAAAACAAAAAGCAGGAGACAAAAAAAGUACAGAAAGAACAACCAGAAAGCCGUCCUCGCCGUCGGCAAAACGGAUGCUAAACUUCCCAAUCUCGAAUUUAUGUUUGAGCAAAACCCCUUUUUUUGUUGUGUACAAUCUUUCCAUUCUCCACCCGAAGCCGAUCUCCCGAACGGCUUUUCCUGUAAGUGAAAAUUCGCUUCAUCUCGGUCACUCGUUUAUUUGUUCUGUCUCCGUCUCUCUUGUCUGGUUAUUCAUAAAUCAUGUCCCCAACAUUGCCAAACUAUUAAAAUGUCUCUCGCUCUACCGAAUCCCCUCCCAACCUAACUUCCCCUGUUGUGUGGGAACCAUCCCAUCCGACGCACGCACGUGGAUGACGUGACGGAUCCCCUAAAUCACUUCCCCGUCCGGGGAAAACAUUGGUCCCGGAAAAGUUGAACCGUUUCUACCAAACAAAGCCGAGAUUGUAGAUACUCCAGGAGAGGAAACGGAUUUGAGGACUUUAUAAUUUAUAUGCAUUUUUUUCUUAGUUUCGGUUUUGUUUGCCCAACCAACACCAAGCUGUCGGGUCUGUCGGGUACGUUCCAGCCUCGGUUUGGUUUAUUUAACUUUUGUAAAGCAGGCAAUGGGACGGUCAGUAGACCACUGUCUGCCGACCGCGGUCUGUUCAGUAGUGGAACAGUUUUGUUUCAGUUUCGCUGCACCAUUUUAGCACUAGGCCUAGGACGCUAACGAUUACACUGUUAGACGAGAGUUUACGACGUCAAUAAACACGGUGAUAGGUUCGUUCUGGCUUCCAUUCAAUCCGACCUCCCGGGGCAGUUGAAUGGAAGGUAAAGUGCAAUGCAUCUUCGGUGAAUUGAUUGCAGUGAAAUUUCCGCACAUCAUAAAUGUCGGGAUGCAAUCAAAGAUCGGCAUGUUAGAUCCCGUUGCGGGGAGCUCUCAACUAUCCUCUUCAAGCGCUAUAAAUGGGUAGCAAAGCAGGAGGAAAAGGAGCAUAAAGCUCGAUUUAUGUUUUAAAUUCCAUCCACACGGAUUCCUCCCCACGGGUCUUCUCUUCCUCCUUUCUUCCUGCUUAACUCGCUUCCCUCUCCCACCAACUCCUCCCAACCCCUUGACAUCGUUUGCAUUUUCGAACAGUUUGAAACGACCGUACCGCGUACUAGUCAUUCCAAUCGACAUUCCAGCGCAUUCGACCAUGAUUGUGAGCGCUGAUCCCCGAUGACUAAUGAGUCACUGAUUUGGUGAAUGCCGAGUUUUCUGCCACAUCUCCCACUGGAGCGAAUUUUACCAUUCGCCUAAACCGUUGUCGGUGUCAUUUUUGUGAAGAUAGAAUUUUUGCUGAUCCACGUGACCUACUCGAGGGAAUUAAUCAUUGUGUGACUGUGCGCGUCGUAGCGCAGGACGGGCGACCACAUAGGGAAUGGUUGGUUGCGAGUUGUCCACCGUGUACCGAAGCAUUGCACCGACCGACCUCAACAACGAGUGCAUUAUUAAUCGCCCACAGGCCCACACCAGGUCGGGCAGUGGCCAGUAGCACGGAUUUUGCACAAUAAUAAUCAUUUGCGUAUCCGUGGCACGCAUCAUUCACAUCUCGUUCACGGACCGUAAAGUGUGUGUGUGUGUGUUUUUGUGUUUGCCAAGUUGUCGAUGGAGAGCCGCAGAAUUCGUCCUCGUCUCAAAGGGAGAUGUGGGCUUGGCAGAACGAUCAUUCUCGAUGCUCAAUGCUAAAACAUACGUCAUCAAAUGACAUUAUUUUUCUCAUACCGUUCUCUACGUUCUGCGCGGACCUGGAGGGUGGAUGUACAUUGAGGAGUUGAAUAAUGGGAUGCAUCGUUGCAUCUAAAACUUGCAUCUAACAACAAACUCAAACGAGCGUUGCGCCAUUGCGUUUGCCAUGUUGCCUGUGUUACGAUCCUGCCAGUUUGGCAAACCAAACAAAAAAAAAUACGGACCGCACCUGACUCGAGCCGUGGUUCGUAACACUCGUCAUACGUUUUGAACGCAUAUCUUGUACCGAAUGAACCGCAACCAGUGUAAUUUUGCUGCAUUUGCACGGGGUGUGCGCGCGUUGAUUGACACCUAUGGCGUCACAGUUAUCCUUAGCGUUAUUGGGUUGGAGGAUUGAGAGUUAGGGCAUGGCCUCGUCUCGUUUUUUUUUGGGUGGACUUGGAAGUCGGUAUUUCCUGGCAAACUGCAUACAUCGUUCGCCUGCGCUAGACUAAACGUGUAGAUUAUGUUUGAUGCAGCCGCGAGCAAGCCAGUUCGGGAGGCAAACGAGGUAGCUUACUGCCAAAUAGCUGCACCAGAAGAUGGGUGUCUAACGGGUAGUGGCGUGUGUGUGUGUGUGAGACAUACAGAAGGUGGUCCGAAGGACGUAGUGUGUAGCAAUCAUUAGUCCACACCGGUUGAAAUCAAACCCAUGCUAAUAGAUGACGCUGGUUGCUUGAUCGGUAUGGGCCGGACCACGGAGACACGGUUGUCUGACGUUAGUGUGUCUGCUUCAGCCGCAAGGUAGUUACAUCGACACCGACACCGGCUCAUCAUCGGCCAGCCUCCAUCACGAAAUAUCAUCGGCAAGAAUUAUUUUAUUAUUAUUUUUAAACACUCAAUCUCCCUGCUUCUGUUGGAGAUGCCCCGGGUAGUGGACGAGGUGGACGACGAAUCAAAUCAUGCUUCGGUGGCCGAGAUGAAUAAUAAUGCUUUCGAGAUUUGAAAAAAAAGAAAAGGAAAUCUACGAUUACAUUCUAUAUUUUCGCUCACAGCCCUUAGAAGAUGAGAUGCGGGAAAUUAAGGUCGUAAAUUUGUAAAGUAGCCGAAACUCGCAAAAGGGCGGAAGACGGCUGACGCACUUGGUUUAAUUUUAUGAUUCGGACCUGUCAAAGUGUGAUCCUUCAACCGAUGCCCAUGAACUAGCCCGUUUGUCAUCUAAUCGCUCCGGUUGGUGUGUCUUGGGACACAGCUCCCUGGCGAUAGCAAUGAGGUAGAAAAAUAGAGGCACAAGAGCGCUUGGAAAUGAAUUGUGUACCUACUCUCCCAAAGGGAUUCGAAUUUCGUUCCACCGGGUGCUCUGCCACCUGCAAACAGGUGCACAUACACACAAUCCGAAGCUGAUGGCACAUCAAAAUGGCCGCUCGAAAGCGAAUCUGUGUUUUCCUGCGGGGGAAUGCUAAGCGUGAAACUUCGUCCUAGCAUCUUCAUCGCAUCCUGCUCCAAGGUCGCGCGCGGCUCACAUUGGUGGGUUUUUUUUCGCUAUCCGCGUGCCGUCUCCGAAUCACAACACGUCAGGCGGUAAUAAAUCUUCUAUUUAAUAGUUCACUUUUGAUUGCACCUAAAAUAAUUACUACAAUAGACGGCCGACAGCACUGAAUGCGGUGGCGUUCCCGCUAGGCUAAGAAUAACACAUAUUCCACCCUUCCUCUGGGAAUCUAAAGGGGUAGGGGCGGGAGGACGUAGAAUAGAGACGGGAUGGAAGAUUCGGAUGUUUGCUCUUCGUUGCUGUCUUUACGGAAAAAUGUCUGUGCGGAUCUGUGCCGGUGCCCUUCCUCGAUCAACACUUAUUAAUUCACGUCCGACUCGAUGUUGGCGGAUUCUUCGACCUGUUCACGGUUCGAACCGACCGUGGCCAGUUGGCGUGUCUAGGGGAUUGGGGUGGGAGUAAUGCAUGAUUGUAUCUACGUGUGUGUGUGUUUGUUCACAGACGUGCUUGUUUGUUUAAUAUUUAGGAAGCGGUGUAAUAAUAGCUGAAGAGGCCGGCCAAUCAAGUAGAAGAAAAAAACACACACAGAAGCACAUACCCAGUUCGCUAAAAAUACACAUAGAAAUGUCCCCAUCCUGUCAGGUUUUCCUUUUGCUUAAGAUCACACCACGUCCUCGCAGGGACGGCAUUUUGACGAUUGGCGUUUGAUUUGCGAAUUAAAGGCGAAUUUGACGUAACGGCCAAGCUGAUGGAAUUGGUGUGCUGUAAGUCGGCUGUAUGUGACUGUGUAUGUUUCACCACUACAAGGUGUUAAAGCGCCAUUGCUAUAUGCAUAAGCGACGCGUAUUUAAUCCGGAAAACCGUUAAUCCGGCAAACUCUUAAUCGUGGUUUUCCUCUCGGUGAAGAGAGAUGUUACGAUGCCGGUGGUCCCUAAUGGAACUUCCGUGCGUAACAUUUUUACUAGGCAUAAGUAAUAUGUGAAUGGUUUACAGUUCUUUUUAGAUUUAUUUAUUACAUUUCAACCAGCUGCGAAAUGUGUUCAAGUUUGAGCACAUUACUUUGGCCUGCACAUUGGUUCUAAUAAUUAUUAUAUUUUGUAGCUCUAUGGUUCUAUAGAGCGCUAUAGCUGUAGCUGUCCAGCUGCUACUCUGGUUGAGACAAUUUUAAAAUUCAUAAAUGACGCACGCACAUCGUUCCGAAGAUUCCGAGGUGUCUUCUGCACUUAAUUUACCUCAAUCGUUUAUGCACGCACGCGACAGAAUCGUCCCAAUUACCGUCGAUCGAGGACGAUUCAUCAUCGUGUCACUCACGGUGCGUCAACGCUAUUCCUUCAUCGUUUGUUGGCGCACUAUCUUUCUGCAACCCAAGCCUCCAUGUUUGUAUCCCCCAACGGUACCUUAUGGUGGGGCCAGUGUGCACCGACAGCAUAGGGGAAGCCUUUGGUAGUACUGAAACCCUAACCUUAAAAAUAAUCCGGCGUGUAAAACGGCAAUGGUUCGUUUGGUAUGGGGCGGGUUUUCCUCAAAGAUGGUGGUGGAACAGGAGACACAUUUUCACGUGAACCGCCCUGCACCUUCCCCGGUAACCGACACGAUGGACACGAAUGUCGGUUGCUUUAACAAAUUUUCAAAAUAGCAAUCUAUCAACAAUAGUUCGCCAACAAGACGAUGGGAAUGAUCCGCAACGGGUGGUUGAAGCUGCACGAGGCAAAAAAAAAAGAAUAAAAACUCCUGUCCGAUCGUCAAAAUGCAUCCCUGUGGGUCUUCGGGCAGGAAUGUGGUCCGUCUAUACUACUCUUUCUGUACCACCAACAAGUCUCUCCUUUGCGAUCGUCAGAACUUUGUGGCAGUGCAGGGUAGCAGGGUGCGAGAUAGAUGAUUAUUCAUUUUUUUCACUAUUUCCAUUGCCAACGCGCUCUGCAUUAGUUAUUGUUAUGACUACGGCGGCUUUCCCCUUUCACCUCCCGCUCUCCCUCCUUCUUUCCUCCCAUUCUCCCCGUGUGAUCUAAUACGAUUCGGUAGACCUUUCCCUUGUGAUGUUUCCCCACUGCCUAGACACAACUAGCGAUGCACUUCAGCAGAAAUGGAAGAGCAGCAAGGAAGAAAACCCGACACUAAAGCGUUAAAGAGGAUAGUUUCGGUGCGCCAUUUUGUCAUCGCAAAAGUAAUCUGUUGCCUAGUCGCCAUUGCACGACCAUACGACAGACAGUAAUGUCGUCAAGGGUCCGUGCUGGUUAUUUGCUCGAACGAUUUUGUCCCGGUGAUCUAGGGACUGUAACUGUGCUUCGAUUUCGAUUUUAUUAGUGUUACCUUUUUGUUAUGUAAAAUAUGUGGUACUGUCCAGUGCGAGUGUGGUGGAAUAACCGUGUGUUCCUAUUUUAGGUAUCAGGCUCCAACAGGUGGUUCGAUUACAAUCAAUUCCCAUUAUCACUAUGUAACAAUUCUUACCAUUCUUGUUGCCUGUAUAACAGUGUCGUGUUGUCGGUUUUCUUCGUCUGGAGGUGCAGUUAAAAAGCAAAACAGAUAAUUUAUGCAUGCAUCGUAAUACCCCGAAUGAAGAAUCGUUACCUGUGGCCGGUUGAGUAGGUUCCAUCUCCAAAACGAUCACAAAAUUGUGCAAAAUUAUACAUUACGUCGCCGAUCGUGAUCGUUCGCACAAUCAAUCAAUUACCGUUACGUUCGAUUGAGUGACAGUAGUGCUGGUGGAACUUCGUAGCACUGGGGGUCGUAGUGGUGGCUGCAAGAACAGUGACGACGAUUGGAGCCGGAGGAAAAAUGAUAAGACAAAAGUCCGAAGACUAUCACCUAGAUGGGCCGGGUGGUGGAGCAGGUGGCGGUGGUGAAGGGCUCACAUCACCUGGAAUGAAGCGCAAAAACGAGUCGACGUUUCGUCAGCUACAGAACGAUGUGAUGGGUAAGGCGCGCUCGACACUGAGCACUCUCGGCGACGUGUGGAAGACGAGCAAGAGUACGCUGUCCGGCAGUGGAGGAACGUCUUCCAGCGGUGGUGGACAAAUGGCGGAACAGUAUCACGAUACCGGUGGUGGAGACGGUGGUUAUGAUGGUGGUGGCGGUGAUAUGCAGGGCGGAGUUGAAUCACAGUUCUCAACACCUCCCCGGAGUCCCAAGUCGGCAAAAGACAAGAGUUCGCUUGAUUUCUUCCUGUGGCCAAAGGGUAAGAGCAAAGAUGGAUCUUCUAAGAGCAGCCAGAAGAAGGAUAAAUCUUCCAAAACUCAACCGUCGUCGGGUUAUGGUGGAGAAUCUCGGGGAGCCAAAGAACCGUCGGCGACAGGUACGAUCCGUAAGCCCGGGCCCGGCCCAGGACCUGGUGGGUCUGGAGCACGUGGAGGUCCGCCUAAUCAUCAUCAGCAGCAACCCAGCACUUCCAGCACCCAACAUUACCAGCAUUCGUCGAGGGCGAUGAAAUAUCGGUACGAUUACCCCGACAGCCCAGGUCAAGACUUCCGACAACGCUCACUGGACGAAACGAGUGAAUACAGCAGAUCGAUGGAAGACAAUAUGACGUAUGUAGGCCGUGAAGAACAAGGUGCCCCUGCCUCUGAUCGCUAUGGUGAAUAUUACUCCGAUAGCAAAGGACGACCGAAAUCAUACAAUGAGAAGUAUUCCUCCCAGUACUACGACUACUCACCCGAUUACGAUCACCAACAUCCGUCAUCCUCACGAUCACACCCACGAUCUCAGCAACGAAAUACGUACGAGUACGACGACCAGGAGGACCAAGAUGAUCUCGAUAUGCCACCGAGUACUGCACAGGGCGUUAGCACCGGCACCACCAGCACUACUAGUCAAUCAAACUUACGCAAAUCCACCGGGGCCGGCGGUACCUCAGGCACCUCCAACACUUCUUCUAACGCGGCUGCUUCACCCGUCCAAAAGCACAUCCUAUUCAACGAAGAAAAUGACAUCCUCUAUUUCAAAGAGAACCAACGACCUUCAAAGACAAAGUCCCUGAACGAUCAUCAAAGUCGGACGGAUAAGCAACAGCAACAGCAACACUUGAGUACCCGGGGACCUGCUAAAUCUGCAUCUUACCCCAAAGAUGGACAUCAUCACCAUCAUCUCCAGCAGCAGCAGCAGCAGCAGCAACUGUCACCGGCACAACCACUCCAACCAGCCCCAUCUGCACUGCGUAAAGUGUCACGAGACGAGCGACAUCAGCAGCAGCAGCAACAGCAACAAACUCCUCAACAACGAUCAGCACCAACGACUCCCUCCGCCAGUAAUGAACCAAACAUAAUAAGAGCGACAUUGAAGUUAGAAAAGUUGUCCAGUACUGGUGCACCACUCGGGAGCACCGAACAACAGCAGCAACAGCAGCAGCAAUCGGAUUCUCCAAAGCCGAAGGGCAUCCAGAAGCAGUUUAGUACGAUUGUUAAUCUUCCCCGGGGGAUGAGUAGCACCUUACCGCGUGGCGGUGCACUCGAGUACGGCUCCAAGACCGAGGGUCGUACCGGAACGAUUCCUGAGGAAAAUAUGGUUACCGAUAGCGACAAGCGUACGACCGGACGGAAGAUUUGCUUCCAGGAUGAACCGGUGGAUGUUAGCGAACGUGUCAAGUGUCAAACUUUGCCUCGCAGUACGGCACGCAGUUCCGUGCGAACGUCGACGAUCAAAUCCACCACGGAACCAAACAUCGAUCCCAGUGUGAACGAAUACUUGGACACGGAUAUGACCCUACCGCGCAGCGGGAGUCUUGAUUCGGACCUAGAGUCACAAGCCAUGCGGAUUGUUAGAACCGUUGGCCAAGCAUUCGAAGUGUGCCACAAGCUGACCAUACAGGACAGCGGAGACAACCUCGGUGACGAUCAUUCGGAGCUAUCACCGUGCGAUGUAUCCGAACAGGAUCGGUGCUCUGAUCGUAUAAGCGAAGACGAUGACAUCAAAAAAGAUCCGGCGAUAGCGACACACCACGAUUCGCCCCGUUUGACUCGACCGGACCAUUUGGAUCUGGCGUUGUUGGCCCCAGUACCGUCAUCUCCAGCCGCCACCAGCAGUACCAGUCUGCAGCGAUCGUCCACAGCACAGGAAAAGGAACCACCCGAGGUGGUGGGAUCAUCAUCGUUGGCCAAAUCCUCCCCGCUGUCGGCAUCGCGCGAAAUGACGAACCUGCGGGACCAGCUCGAUCAGCAGCAGCAACAAACGCGCCAAGUGCUCGCCCAGUUGAUGCUCGUCCGUGAACAGCUAAUCUCGGAAACGAACGCCCGCAUGGAGGCUCAGGCACGUAUCCAGCAGCUGCUGCAGCAAAAUCGUGAGCUAUUAGAGCACAUUGCAUCCCUCGGUGGCUAUCACGAACCGGACCGACCGGGACUGUCGGCUACCGCCAUCGGUAUCGCACCUCAGCUUUCGUCGACGGCAAAGGUGGCUCGCUGGUUCCACACGCUACAGUGGACGAACCAGGCGCAAUCUCUAUCGCGACCAGAGUCCGGCUUCGUUUCGGGCGAUUCACGUUCCGAGCGCAACCAGAAGUCGGACGUCGAUAUGGUGGAUCUGCUGGCGAAGGAACAUUCGGCCGGUGCUGGGGUAGACCUGUGUGACGAGUACCUGCUGGUGGAGGGUACCAGCAACCUCUGGAGCAAGCUGAGCGUGAAGAAGCGCAAGAAGCUGCUCGGUCUCAAGCUCGGCAAGGUGACAACCUUCUAGCCCAGGCGCCGCUGGCCACCGCUGGCGGCGGGCGGUGGUCAACGAUGGUGGGGUGUCGGUGGAAGUGGCAGCGACCAGCCACCGGUCCGUUUGACCACGACCGCUGCCUCACCGUCGGCGAGCGAUGCCAGCGAUGUGGACGAUUAGGGUGUCGACCAUUCCUUCCGGCCUUAGACUGGGUACGCUAAACCCGUGGAGGAACCCAAACCACCUGCUCGUGCGUCCUACAUACACAUGUACACGAGAACACAUCCACACAUCCACACAUUAUCACACCCACGCCAUGAAAGCGAGAUUUUAACCGGAAUCACGGAAUACACUCCGAGAACACAACGGAAUCGGGAGAAACGGAACGUUCUGUCGUGGUGCAUGAACGAUGCUCUGCAUUUUCUCCCGCCAAAAAAACUGGACGUAAAAAGAAAAACAUUCCCAUUAUUCGUGUAGCAAACCUCUCUAGAUGAUAAUUCGCGACGGUAGGGUAGAAACAGUAGCUUACUCUUAGGGAACGAUAGGAGCAUCACCACACCAAACGGUAAUCCUUAUUAUGUUCAGGAGACAGCAUUCAGCAAAACCGUUGCGCAGCGAGCGCUGUCGUCAUUCCACCACCCUUAGAUGUAUGCUAGCGCAAAUUCUAGACCGUAAGACGAUCGACAGCUAGAGGAGCUUUAGCAUGUGCUAGAGAUAAUGAAGAGGAAGCUUAGCGUUAGAUCAAACUAUCAUCUGUUGCUGUCGCAAACAAUGUUGCGCAAAAACAAAACAAAAAAAAACCCAAAACAAAACUAACGAUACGCUAGCUAUUGAAGCUUCAUCAUGCUUCCCGUGGUAGCUGGCCAUUGGCUUCACUAGCGCUAGAAUUAGAUGAGCGUCCAUGUUCGUUCAAUUCAACCACUAUCAUCCCACUCGCUGUAAGGAUUACUUUCUUCGUAACGGACGACUUUACUCUCUUAUCUACAUUAAUUAGCGUAUUAAACGUCACUCCUGAAGACUGAACUGGCCGAACAAAAUUGUUGUUAUUAAUGGCAGCGAUUUGCAAACACAUUCCAACUCGAUCGUUUCAUCUCGUCGAGGACGACAGGAACCAUUGCAGGUGAUACGUUCUCCUUUAUUUUUCACAACCUCUCUUCACGGCCCUCGUGUGUGCUUCUGUGGUUUAUUUUCUCCUCUACAAUACCGUCUAGCUCGUAAGUAGUUUAAUUUUCCAUCAUUUUCCCACGAUCCCCACAACCUUUUGCUUAUAAGCUUCCCGUGCUCUCCCGUUAGUGGAGAAUUUAUGGAAAAGAUAGUAGUGAAUAAAAAUUAUCAUAUUAAACAUUUUCCCUGUGAAGAAACAACAAAAA